AUGCCCCCUCCCACCACUCAACCUUCCCUCUUCCCCUCCCUCCCCACCCUCCCGAACCUAACCCCCCUCCUCCCCUCCACGCCCCUCAUCCACGCCGCCCUCGCCCACGCCCACAAACACCUCCCGCCCUUCGCCUACAACCACGUCGUGCGCAGCUGGCUCUUCGCAACGCUCAUCACGCAGUCCCACCCGACGCUCAAACACCAGUCGUUCGACCACGAGGUCGUCGCGCUGGCCUGCAUCCUGCACGACCUAGCGUGGGCGCCGAGCGGCGCGUUUACCAGCGCGGAGAAGCGGUUCGAGGUGGACGGGGCGGAUGGGGCGGUGGCGUUUUUGGCGGCGCAUGCGCCGGAGGGGUGGGAUGAUGGGUCUCCAGAAGGGAAUGGGGUCUUGGCGGGUGGGAAUACGGAGGGGACGGGGUGGGAAGGGAAGAAAGGGUGUAGGGAGGGGGAGGGGGAGGAGGAGGGAAAGGAUUUUGUAGGGAUACGCGGGUAUAAGGGGAGGAAGACACAGCGGGUGUGGGAUGCGUGCGCGCUGCAUACGACGAUGAGUGUGGCGUUUGAGAAGGAGCCUGUUACGGCGGUUGUUGCGACGGGGAUCUGGGCCGACUUUCAAGGCCCCACACACACCAACCCUCCAGACAUCCUCAUCACCUGGCCCGAGUACGACGCCAUCGUGCAGGCCUACCCGCGCCUGGGCCUGAUAGGCGAAGUCAAGCAGAUCAUGUGCGGCCUGUGCGUCACCAAGCCGCAGUCGACGUACGACAACUCCGUUGGCGACUGGGGCGAGAAGUUCGUCGAGGCCUACUCCCGCGUCGGCCAUCGCGGCGUCGAUGCGCUGAUGCAGUUCACGCCUGAGUUGGAUGCGAGGGACGCUUGA